AUGGGUAACAUAAGCUUUGUCCUUGAAAAUGCCGUCGGUGAGCACAUCUAUGCGGCCAUCCACUUAUCGUCUCUUCUAGUCCAAUCUUGGCAUAUAGCUGUGGCCGUCGGCUUGAUCCCUUCGCACCCAUAUCCCGCCGAAAUCAAUCUCAUGUGCUCUUCCACCGCUCGGAAACCUCUCUGGGGCCGGAAUAACAACCAGUCGUCGGCGAACAGUCUUGUAGAUCACAAAAGGGUUCAAACGUACUCUCAAAAGACCAGGGAAGUGGAUGGUCAAUAUCGUGUGCAGGACGGAAGCUCUGGCCUCCUUGACUGGCCACGUACCAUGACGGGAAGCUCGGGCCGCAACGCAGAUGUGAUGGUUGAUUUUGUCUCGGGUACAUUCGAGAGUGUCUUCCCAUCCGCGGUUCCAGGGUCAAGGACAAAUGCACGAAACGGAAGCCGGUGGGCGAGGGCGGGAAACGGCACAAUGGCCAUUACACGUUGA